CAGUGCAAGCAGCCACGUUCCAGCGGCGUGUUAGUAGUCGUCGUCGGUGGCCGCACGACAUCGACACUAACCGCUAUGCACCAGUCAGCGACUGUUCGGCAACCUCAGUAUUCGCCCGUAUGCCGACCGGUUUGGAGUGCUCGUUAGUGCUCCUGGGAAGUGGCUAGCAAGUGAUUAUUAUACCAAACCUACAACCAAGUUAUCAGUUUAUGCGGUUGUCACUCUACUACUACUACUAUAGGACAGUGAAGUUUGUGUUUGAAAUGCGAUUAAUUGCGGCAAAUAUUUUCGUAAAUUGUAAGCCAAGCUCUAGCAAUAGAUAGUGUCUGAUAGUGAAGUAAUUUUAAGCUAGACAUGGCCUCGAUUAGUAUCUCUAUACCGUGAAUGAUCCAAUUCUAAGUGAUUCGACGCUUUGUGAAAUGAAAUGUUCUCCGUCUGUAGCAAUCCUUCGUCCAGCGUGAUGCUCAUAAGCGAUGUAACCCUCCCGGUGUUGCACAUCACGCUAUUUAGAGGCCACAGCUUCUCACGGUACCACCUCGAGCCCUUUCCGCUUGCCGGCUAUAAUGAUAUUCAACACCGUGCACAUGCAGCGACAUGUGAGAUGCGCGAUCGGCUUCUAGAGUGCUGAUGAGUGUGCGUUUGGCGCGAUCACGCCAACACAGAGAAUGGAACGAGUGGCUCGAGACAAACCGAGUGCACUAACAACGCAUACCAUACUCCAUGGUGUUAGUGUCGACAGUAAAUGAAACAUUCAGUUGUUGAGGACAGUGUGGUUAGUGUGUUUUACUCUUGUGAUGCAAGUGAAACUACCGUCGUAUACUAAAACCAUCCUUCGGUGCUGUUGUGUUGUGUACACAAAGCUAAAACACCAUUUACGAUUGCAUAAAGCAAACAAAACCUUAUCGCUCGGAGAUGCGUCGGUAGGAAGGAGGGAUCAUUGUCGGUACUUAUCCAGAAAUCGUCUCGCCAAUUGCACAUCACGGUGCAGUCCACGUGUGUGUUACGCCGGGCACUCUAGUGAACAUUCUUUGGCCUUCAGUAGGUUUGAAGUGUAUUGUGGCAGAGAUUUUUGACCAAAGUUUUGUUCCAAAGUAGUUCCAAGAGGCUUCACUCGAGGAGAACCGGAUGUUAGUUUUUCAUCAAAGAAAGGACAUCUCGUUGACGUGAAGCUCCAGAACACCACCGUGGUCCCGUGAGCGUGCAACGUGAAUCGUCUGUGUCUAGAAAUAGUUGACUAACCUUUCCGUUUCCGUCUACGGUUUCAUUCUCUCGAGUGUUUGUUUCUACAGGUCAUCUGUGGAUGCUGUAUCGUGAACCGGAAUAGUUUCCUUCAAAGAACACACUAAAGAAACGACCAAGAGGAAGUGAAGUGAAAGUACAAUUCUCACCGUGGCAAACGUGUCAUAUCCACGUGAUCGCGUUAUUCGGUGUUUGGGAGAAUUCAAAGCAACUCCCACCACAAGUGAAUGUCCCCACCCGACGGGGUCAGAAACUUUGAAGCAACCGCCUUUGCACUAGCAGGUUUUUUGCAACAGGACGAAGAGCAGGUAGAUCUGUAACAAACAAAAAAUGUCGACCACGGGAAUGGAAACCAUGGAGGGUGCUGAAUCGACGCACAAUACGAAGGUGUCCGAUUCCGCUUACUCCAACAGCUGCAGCAACAGUCAGUCACAGAGGAGUGGAAGCUCGAAAUCGCGUCACAGCGGUAGCAACUCGUCCGGUAGCAGUGGCUACGGUGGCAAAGCCUCGACCCAAGCGAGCAGCAUCCCCCCGGUACCGCAACCCGCGAUUAAACGCACAAAGGAUAAGGAUCGCAAGAAGAAGAAACUGAAGACAUCGACGGAUGGCAACACGAACGCCACGGCAACUACUUCGGUUACGGUUGGCGGUGUUGCCGGCGCUACCACAACACCAUCCACUGGUUCAACGCUCUCCAACAAUGGCGGAGGAGACCAGGGAUGUAACUUCGCAGAAGGAGACCAUACGACAGCGACCGUCGCAUCGGGUAUUACCGGUUCAGCCGGGGGUUCCGCUUCCGGACCAACCAGCAGCAGCAACAACACAGAGCUGUGCAGUGGUUCCGGUGCAACUGGAAAUGAUGACAUCGGAGACCCGAACGGAUCCGGUGAGGUGAAUGAGAUAACUGGCCACGGAACCAAUCAGGAAUGCAGCUCUGAUGCUGACCAGAUUACCGCCAGACCGUCAGAUGAGGAAAAAGCUAAGGAGAAUGGUAUGCAGACAUCGAAGACGGGACAAUCGCGUGCCGAUCGCUUUGAGUUGCAGAAGAAACUCGCUCAUAGCGUACUACCAGGACCGGCUCCACUACCAGCCGGUGUAGCGUCAAUCGUUCGCUCGAUCACUGCCGGCGACGAUGGUCUCGGUAAUUGCUGCGGGGCCGGUGUACGUGCUGGUGCCACUGAUUCGAUGCAAACAGGCAAGCGAGCUUCAACGGAGCUUCCCGGAGCUGGACUGCUGAUGCGUGAAGCGCUUGGAGAACAGC